GUUCGACGCGUCUUGCCUUCACCCACAACCUAAAGCUAAAGCUCAAAGGCCGGAUACUUUGACGUCGCGUGCUUUUCCCUCUUUCAACGACUGUAUAUAUCUUGUUACCCACGGCCAAUGACUACGAACCAUGUCAAUAUCUAUACGCAGGUAGCGAGCAAAUGGUCUAACUCAUUCGCUCGCCUCAAUCGCGCCAAUGUUGGGAUACUGGGACUGCUUUCGUUCAGCGAAGCCUGGACAAUAGCAAGGGAGUUCAUGUAUCCCCGGGAUCUCUCAGAAUACUCGCAGUUGGGAACGCGAAGUUCCCGUGAUGUGAAACCGGCUUUGGAUGUUGUGGCUCAGUGUAAAAUGCUCACCGUUCUCCUGGAUGAUUUUGUCGAGGACAUGCGACAACAGCAGCACCUUAUCACUAGAGAUAUAGAACACUUCAUGGAACAAUAUGAGGCAACAUCAGACCCGCAAUACAUUGCAAAAAUGGUGCUUCGUCUCGUUGAAUGGUACAAAGCGUGGCUACCUCCAGCAGAUCUCGGGGCCACAGUAUAUUCUACUUACACCCUGCACUUCCAGACGCAUGUAUUCUCGGUUCUUCCACCAUCCUUUACUCGCGGCUUCAAGUCCCUUCUCAAUCUGACUUUCAACCUCGUACAUAUGGCUUCUGCCCCGGAGUGGAUGCUUACAUUGGUGCCAUCUACGCAGCCACCUCCAUCGCGAGUGGACCUUCCUCUGUGGGCUGCAUUCGAUAAACUCGGGCUACUCGAUCGGUACGAAUCGCUCGUCAGUAGCGUUUGCUAUGAAUAUAUCGAAGCACAUAUCCUCCAAACAUGUACAGGGAAAUGGGAUGAACCGAUGCUGGCGAACAUACGUUUGUGGAUGGCAGACAAUAUUGUGCCUUGGAUGAUCAUGCCGUAUGCUAGGGGCGCGAGAAGCGCCGAUGAGGCCAGAACUAUGUUGCAGGGUGUUGGUUCCAGACUCGACUUCCAUGUAUGCAAGACCCUCAGUGAAUUACGAACCCGAGAGAUCUUUGACAUAAUCAUUGAUUACCCAGACUCUUCAAGUGCAUUGCAGGACCUGAGGGAAUGUUUACAGCGUGUCGACCAACGCACACAGCUUGUCCAGACUUUACGGAGAGCCAACAACAAGCGUCUCUUACACCCAGGCGCAGACACGAAGGACAUCCUUACUCAGUAUGUCUCCAUCAUUCGAUGUCUUCGCAUUGUGGAUCCUCCAGGAGUGCUUUUGUAUAAGGUCGCAGACCCAAUUCGACGCUACCUAAGAGACCGACCAGACACCAUCCGAUGUAUCGUGGCUAGUCUUGUAGGGGAUGGCGAGAGUGGUGACUCGUUAGUUGACGAUAACGAACCUAUCCAGCCUUUGCAGCAGCAGCAAGAAGAGGACUACAGCGAUCCAAACUGGGAACCGGAACCCAUCGAUGCUGGGCCAGAAUUCCGAACGAACAAACCGAGUGAUAUCAUCAGCACCCUUGUCAGUAUCUACGAUUCCAAGGAGUUAUUUGUCAAAGAGCUACAAGUCUUGUUGGCACAACGACUUUUGGCUAUCACCGAUGGUAGCUACGAAAAGGAGCGUCGAAAUAUUGAAAUACUGAAGAUUCGUUUCGGCGAGGCAGCACUGCAAGUUUGCGAAGUCAUGUUAAGGGAUAUGACGGAUUCAAAACGCAUCGAUACACAUAUUCAAGCUCAGAAGAACUCGCCACUUCAUGCAACGAUUAUCUCCAAGCACUUCUGGCCUCCGCUGCAGUCGAGCAAGUUCAGCAUGCCUGGACAACUAAAGGAACUUCGGGAGAACUACGCAAAAGAAUUCCACUUGUUUAAGCCAGAUAAGAAGUUGGUCUGGUUGCCACACUUGGGUACCCUCAAGAUCGACAUAGAAUUGGAUGACAGAACCGUCUCUGCUGAAGUUCCACCCCUUGAAGCCGCUUUCAUAGAGCUCUUUUCGCAGAAAGAUAUAUGGACCGUUCAAGAGCUCAUUGAACAAGUUGGCAAAGUCGACCGUCCAGCAGUUCUCAAGGCCCUUGGAACCUGGAUAGACCUAGGUGUCCUGAAGGAGGAUAGGCAUGACCAAUAUAGGCUACUCAACACCGCCGAGGACGGUGAUUCAACUUCGAAAGCAGUAGCCCGACCAGCUAUGGUGGUGGAUGAGGAGCCACCAGUGACAGCGGUGCAACAACAGCAAGCGGAGCAGAUGAGAGUCUUUUGGAAGUUCAUUGAAGGCAUGCUCAGAAAUCUGGGCACCCUUAGUCUGGAUCGUAUCCAAAGUAUGCUCAAGUUUGCUCCUGGGUACGAUCGCAACAUCGAACAACUGGGGGCUUUCAUGGAAGCCGCUAGAAGAGAAGGUUUGGUGACGGUCAAGGAUGGAAUGUGGAAGCUUCAACGGUAGCUAGCGUAUAGGAUUAUUGUAUGCUACAUAUAUGCUUAGUUGUGUAACUACAUGUUACAUCGUUGUGAGGACGAAAAAGAAGACAGCGUCACAAUGGCCACCC